AUGUCAGUGAGUUUCUCAGUAUCGUAUACUUUAAAGGCGAUCAAUCGACCUGAGUUUUUGGCAGAUGUGAGCUGCUGGAGUUGCACUGCCGACCGGCAAGUUCGAAAGCUUCGACUGAUGUAUAUGAGCUCGCUACUGAGCCAAAGCGUUGGCGAUGUUGACAACUCUACUGCGAACGUGAUAGACAACGUUACCAGCAAUCUGGUGUUAGUCCAAAAAGCAAUCGGAGAGAAGAUCGGGAACAUUAUCUACAGCGUUGCAUUUUUUCUUGGAGGCUACCUGGUAGCAGUAGUGUUGAUAUGGAGGAUUUCUCUACUUCUGCUGCCUUGCACGCCGCUGCUCAUAUUACCGAGUGUUCUCUAUGCAAGGAUUGUGCGAAAGUGCGCCCAGAAGAGAUUAUCUUCCCAGAAAGAAGGUGGAACAAUAGUCAAGCAGGCAAUCUCCAACAUAAGAGUGGCGUACGCUUUUACCAGCGAGAAGAGAACACUGCAGCUGUAUUCCAGCUCUCUGGAGAAAGUGGCCGAGAUCGAGAGAGUAGAAAGCCUGGCAAAAGGAGUGACUGUAGGCCUCAACGGCAUCUCGUUGAUGAUCUGGGCUCUUUUGAUGUGGCAGCUUCAAACUGCAAUAAGCGACAGCAAAGGACUUAUUGAGGGCCAAAACGCGAUGAAAAACAUUCUUCAAGCCAUAGAACGCGCACCUUUCAAGCAAUGCCAAGGACGGGCGGGACUGGAGCUUAGAACAGUUGAAGGUCACAUAGCCUUCAAAAGUGUCAGCUUCUCAUAUCCAUCCAGGCCCACGCAGCUCGCGCUUGAAGUCCUCACGCUAGAUAUUCCGGCUGGUAAGCGGCUGGAAUUCCCUCAUCUUCAAUCUGCAUGA